AUGGUAGACAUCAAAAAUAAAGACCACACAACCUCUGUGAACCGUAAUCUAAUGGCAAGUGCAGGAAAUUAUACCGCUGAGAAAGAAAUCGGGAAGGGCUCGUUUGCCACUGUAUAUAGAGGGCAUCUGACAUCCGACAAAUCUCAGCAUGUAGCCAUCAAAGAAGUAUCACGGGCGAAAUUGAAAAAUAAGAAAUUAUUGGAGAACUUGGAGAUAGAAAUCGCUAUUUUAAAAAAAAUCAAGCAUCCUCAUAUUGUCGGACUUAUUGACUGUGAGCGAACAUCAACAGAUUUCUAUUUGAUCAUGGAGUAUUGCGCUCUUGGAGAUCUAACAUUUCUAUUGAAAAGGCGUAAAGAAUUGAUGGAGAAUCAUCCUCUACUAAGAACGGUAUUUGAAAAAUACCCCCCACCCAGUGAGAGCCAUAACGGCUUACAUAGAGCGUUUGUCUUGAGUUAUUUACAGCAAUUAGCGUCCGCUUUGAAGUUUUUAAGGUCUAAAAAUUUGGUUCACAGGGAUAUCAAACCUCAAAAUUUACUGUUGUCUACACCAUUAAUCGGUUACCAUGAUUCAAAAAGUUUUCAUGAGCUUGGAUUUGUCGGUAUUUACAACUUGCCCAUUUUGAAGAUUGCAGAUUUCGGAUUUGCAAGAUUUCUACCAAACACGUCAUUAGCAGAAACUCUUUGUGGCUCGCCAUUGUAUAUGGCGCCUGAAAUUUUGAAUUAUCAAAAAUAUAAUGCUAAAGCGGACUUGUGGUCUGUUGGCACAGUGGUAUUCGAGAUGUGUUGCGGUACUCCGCCAUUUAGAGCCUCUAAUCAUCUCGAAUUAUUCAAGAAAAUCAAAAGAGCAAAUGAUGUCAUAACGUUUCCUUCAUACUGCAAUAUUGAACCAGAGUUGAAAGAGUUGAUUUGUAGUUUAUUAACAUUUGAUCCAGCCAAGAGAAUAGGAUUUGAGGAGUUUUUCGCCAAUAAGGUAGUCAAUGAAGACUUGUCGCCUUAUGAAUUGGAAGAUGAUUUACCUGACUUAGAAUCCAAAUCCAAAGGGAUUGUUGAAAGUAAUAUGUUUGUAUCUGAGUAUUUGUCUAAACAGCCAAAGAUUCCGAAUAGUAAUAAUGCAGAUCGUCAAUCAACAACAGGUAAUCCGGAAGAACUCAACGACGCUCUCAAGAAUAGCGAUAUAUUAACCACCCCGGCUGUCAAAACAGAUCGUACGCAAGCCAUAGAUAAAAAGGGUUCGAGUAAUAAAUAUCAUAAUAACCUAGUUUCAGAUAGAAGCUUUGAGAGAGAAUAUGUGGUAGUAGAGAAGAAAUCAGUUGAAGUUAAUUCAUUGGCAGACGAAGUCGCUCAGGCAGGAUUCACUCCAAAUCCUAUAAAGCACCCAACUCCGACUCAAAAUCAGAACAUUUUAUUGAAUGAACAAUUUUCUCCAAGUAACCAACAGUACUUUCAAAAUCAAGGGGAAAAUCCGAGAUUUCUGAGAGCCGCAUCAUCUUCUAGUGGGGGGAGUGAUGGGUCUAGACGACCAUCUUUGGUAGAUAGACGCUUAUCUAUAUCCUCGCUGAAUCCAUCUAAUGCAUUGUCAAGAGCCCUCGGUAUUGCGUCAACGAGAUUGUUUGGUGGUACAAAUCAACAACAGCAACAGCAACAAACCACAUCUUCCCCACCAUAUAAUCAAACUUUAUUGAAUUCCCAACUCUUCCAUGAACUUACCGAAAAUAUAAUAUUAAGGAUAGAUCAUCUACAACACCCGGAGAUGCUGAAAUUAGAUAAUACUAACAUUGUUAAUAUUUUGGAAUCUCUGGCUGCAAAGGCGUUUGUUGUUUACUCUUAUGCAGAAGUAAAAUUUUCUCAAAUUGUUCCAUUAUCGACAACAUUGAAAGGCAUAGCCAACUUUGAGAACAGACGCAGUAUGGAUAGCAAUGCUAUCGCAGAAGAACAAGACUCGGACGAUGCAGAAGAAGAGGAUGAAACAUUGAAAAAGUACAAGGAAGAUUGUUUAUCCACGAAAACUUUUGGGAAAGGUAGAACUUUAUCUGCCACAUCUCAGUUGAGUGCAACUUUCAAUAAACUACCACAUUCGGAAAUGAUCCUGUUAUGCAGUGAGGCCAUUGUUUUAUAUAUGAAGGCUUUAUCCAUUUUAUCAAAGUCUAUGCAGGUAACGUCUAAUUGGUGGUAUGAAUCUCAAGAAAAAUCAUGUUCUUUAAGAGUUAACGUAUUGGUACAGUGGCUAAGGGAGAAAUUCAAUGAAUGUUUAGAGAAAGCCGAUUUUUUGAGGUUAAAAAUUAACGACUUGAGAUUUAAGCAUGCCUCUGAAGUUGGUGAAAACCAAGCUUUGGAAGAGAAAGGUAGCACAGAAGAGCCAGUAUAUUUAGAGAAGCUAUUAUACGAUCGUGCUUUAGAAAUUUCUAAGAUGGCCGCACAUAUGGAAUUAAAAGGAGAAAAUUUAUAUAACUGUGAAUUAGCUUAUGCAACUUCACUUUGGAUGUUAGAGACUUCCUUGGACGAUGAUGAUUUUACCAAUGCCUAUGGUGACUACCCUUUCAAAACUAAUAUCCGCCCAAAAAGUAACGAUGGUGAAGAUAAAGAGAAAUAUCACAGCGUACUGGAUGAAAAUGACAAAAUGAUCAUAAGAAAGUAUAUUGAUAGUAUUGCUAAUAGGCUAAAAAUAUUGAGGCAAAAGAUGAACCAUCAAAACUAA